AUGGACUGGAAGGAGAUUGCCUUGAUAUCCUGCAAAUUCCCUUCUUUGGUUACCUUAUCGUUGGAGAAUAACCAAUUAUCGUCUACCUCUGCUCCGCUGUCAGCCAUGAUACAGGAGCUUUUACUAGAUUUUAAUGAGUAUGAAUCUUUAGACUCUCUAAGUCAUCUUACGGCGUUACGAAAUCUUCGUCAUCUUUCGCUUCGAAGAAAUAAGAUCAGUAAGAUAUAUGCGUCGACGCCCUCAGCCUUGGUCUUUUCUCCGACCCUCAAAUUUGUGGAUAUAUCAUGCAACCAAAUUCCAUCCUGGAGCUUUUUGGAUGCUUUACAGGAAGUAUUUCCAGGCAUGACAAACUUACGUAUUUCCGACAACCCUUUAUACGCUCUUCCGCCAGCCCCAACGAAAGUGACAGGGUUGCCGGAGGCACGGAUGACGGUGGACGAAGCCUUCAUGCUGACACUCUCACGGCUAUCUAAUCUGGAGAUUUUGAAUUACGGCAAGAUCACACCCCUUGAUCGCCUUAAUGGAGAACUAUACUACCUUUCACUAAUUCGAAAGGAAAUCCUUGCGCACCCCCCGAGCAUGGAGCAGGAUAUACUGAACUCACACCCACGAUAUAAGGAGCUCUGCAAGAUAUAUGAGACGCCGGAGAUCCAACGUACCGACAACGACAAAGAGCCUAGAGAUAUAGAUCCUCGCUCCUUGGCAGCCCAACUAAUAAAAUUCAGGUUUCACCUGGCAGAUUCCAGCAAGGUAGAAGGGAAACCCAGUGCUCGUGUUUUUGAGAAAGAGAUACCCAAAUCAUCUGAUAUCUACCUUAUCAAAGCUAUUGUGGCGCGACAUUUUUCUUUACCGGCGCUUCAGUUUAAACUAAUCUGGGAAUCCGACGAAUGGGAUCCUGUCGAAAAGGGAACUGCGGAAGAAGAUGAGUGGGACAGUGAGGAUGCCGACGAAGACGAUGGAGAGGCCCAACCUGCCCACGACAAGUUAGUACGACAGUUCAACGAGAAGGAGUUUGUUAGGCGAGAGGAAGAGUUGACGGAUUCUACGCGGGAGGCCUGCAUGCAUCUAUAUAAAGUACAUGCCCCCAAAUACUGGUGUAAACACUGCAAGAUCUUCGUUCGCGACACACCUUACGAGCGAACCCAACACGAAGCUACAGGAAAGCAUCAAGGCAGCUUAAAACGGUUUCUACGAGAUAUACACAGAGACCAAGAACGGGGUGAAAAGGAAAGCCAAAAAGCAAAGAGCGAAGUCGAGAGACUGCGGGGAAUAGUAUCCAACCCUGGCUCGUCAACGGGAUCCAAACGGCCACAAAAUGAUCCGCCAUGGAAGAAGGCGACAGCUACAGGAGCAAACACCACAGGUUUAACACAAGACCGGAUGCAGCAGGUAGCACAACUGGCAGAAAUGGGAGUUGCAGUUCCCGAAGAGUUUAGGCCGAGCAUGGCAUUAGCGGGAGACUGGAAGGUUGUCUCUGAGACACCGAUCGAGGAGCAAGCUGCUGACGCGACGAUUAAAAACGUUGGCGUUCGAAAGCGGAAGCUGAGAGAGGAUGAACAGGAAGAGGCAGACAUGCAGCAGGAAGUUGUGAGAAAGUCAUGGGGCUCCGCGAUCCGCGAAUACCGAGCCAGUGAGGACGACUCGGCUGAUCUUGACGCGCUUUUGAACAUGACUACAAAUGUGAAGAAGGUGAAGGUAGAGGCCAAAGAUGAGCCCAAUAUUGGGGAUACGCAGGAACCCGCUGUGAAGAAAGAAGAUGCCGAGAAUGACGGUGCGGAUGCGCCCGCCAAGGAUGAGGAUAUACCACCCAAUAUCAAACAGGAAGAAGAUACGGCUACGGGAGACGGGCCAGGGGAUUCUCCUCCAGCCGUUAUGUUUAAGAAGCGGAAACCUAAAAAUAUAAAACGGUAG